UUCUACUUGCUUUGGUCUCUGAUCUACGGCCUGUAGGCCUCCUACACACUCCUUCAAAUUUCUUAUAUACCUAAGUGUUCAACAAAGAAUUCGGGUACAGUCGCAAUUGGAAGCCCUUAGGCAGGGUUUAGACUAGGUACUUAUGGGAAACCAAUCAUCUUGAGUUUAACUGGUAAAUUGAGGAGAUUGCGGUCGCGAUCAAUCGAGAUCGGCUUUUAGGUCGUCUCUAUUGGUCUCAUAGUAGCAUGGAGUUAAAUCAAGAUCCGGCUAUUGAAGCCCAGCGCGAACCUGAUGCUACCGACGAAUCUUCCCAGCAUGGAGCGCAUCCCGCUGCUCACACAAGAGCCUCUCGACAAUCUUCAAAUGGACUUGGUAACUACAGGGAGCUCGCGGACGACCUUGUGGCUGCCGGCAAUACCCCCGUGGUAGGACCCGAAUCGGCCUCAAUAUCCACCUCCGCUAGACUACCUGGGCCGAUAAACACCGAUCUUGUAUAUGAUCGGGUCUCAAAUAUGGCUUCGUCGUAUAGUGCCAACUCAGAUCGCCGAACUCAUCACCGCCCGAGCAUUAGCGAUGCCACAGACCCUGCUGACAGGGUCUUCCCUAUCCGGUCUGCCAUAAGUGUUGACGAAUCUCAGCCGACGCCCAUGACCCCAACGCGGAAUCCAGGGGAUCGUACUUAUAUAUCUCGCCAGGGAACGACUUGGGAUGGUCGUCGACGAGAGAGCAACCCACAUACUUCAAUUGAAACCACCCUCGCUUCAUCGUCUGCUGGAUCACCAAAUGAAAGAAACGGCGGAAGAACCGGGCAGGGGAAAGGAGCCGUGCCUAACUCUAUGGGGAGCCCACCACCAAAACCAGAAAGAGUCGCUUCCGGAGGACCAUUUCCACUCUUUAGCUAUGCGUCUUCGGAUAAUACUGAUAGAACAGGAGAAAGCACAACUACAAGAACAGGGGAUAGUCAACGUGAUGACUCUUCUGAGCUCAAGUCUCCUGGCGAGUUCAACGAUACGAACGACAAAUUGAUGACAGUGCGUUUCCGUCACGUGGUAACCGAGGAAGGUCAUGCUGUUAUUACAGGCCGGGACGGUGCUUUAGAACGAUGCGAGGAUGAGCCAAUCCAUACUCCUGGGGCUAUCCAACCGUUCGGUCUUCUCGUUGCCCUAACGGAAGAGACGGACGGUAAAUUUACUGUUCGGUGCGUGAGCGAAAAUUCGAAGAAAAUUAUAGGAUUUUCGCCUCAAGAGCUGUUUCGACUGGAAAGUUUCAUAGAAAUUUUCACCGAGGAACAAGCCGAUAAUCUUCUAGAUCAUAUCGAUUUUAUUCGAGAUGACGAGGCAGAUCCUGCUAUUAAUGGACCUGACGUGUUUAGUAUAUCUAUACGGCCGCCUCAAAGGAGGACAGUUAAGCUCUGGUGUGCCAUACAUGUCAAUCGUAGCCACCCAGAUUUGAUCAUCUGCGAGUUUGAAUUGGAGGAGGACCAGGAGCACCCUCUUCGACCUCCCGGCGAGCUAACUCCAGACGAACCUGAGGACACGCUCUGCCAGAAUCCAUCAACGGACGAGCUGCAUGAAAGCACGGAAAUUGGCAGCAGGCCUCUCAGGAUACUCAGAAGCGCGCGUCAGAGACGAGGAGAAGCUGGGGCGAUGCAAGUUUUUGAUAUCAUGUCCCAAGUCCAAGAACAAUUAGCAUCUGCACCAAAUUUGGAAAAGUUCCUUAAAAUCUUAGUGGGAAUCGUCAAAGAGCUCACAGGGUUCCAUCGGGUUAUGGUUUACCAGUUCGAUGCGGCAUUCAAUGGGAAGGUCGUGACUGAACUAGUUGAUCCUGCCAAGACUCGUGAUCUCUACUAUGGGUUACAUUUCCCGGCUUCCGAUAUCCCCAGACAGGCGCGCGACCUCUAUAAACUCAACAAAGUGCGAUUGCUCUAUGAUCGAGAUUUAGAGUCUGCAAGGCUUGUUUGUCGGUCUGCCAAGGACCUGGAACGACCUCUUGAUCUUAGCCAUGCAUACCUUCGAGCAAUUUCUCCUAUCCAUGUCAAGUAUCUUCGUAACAUGGCAGUCCGGUCCUCUAUGUCUAUAUCCAUCAACGCUUUCAAUGAGUUAUGGGGACUUAUUGCGUGCCAUAGCUAUGGUUCUAAGGGCAUGCGAGUUUCGUUCCCGAUUCGAAAGCUUUGUCGGCUCGUGGGGGAUACAGCAUCGCGCAAUAUAGAGCGCCUCUCCUAUGCAUCGCGCCUGCAAGCUAGGAAACUUAUCAACACUAUGCCUACUGGCAGAAACCCAUCAGGAUAUAUCACAGCAUCUUCUUCAGACCUAAUAAAGCUCUUCGAUGCUGAUUUUGGCAUGUUGUCCAUCCGAGGUGAGACCAAAAUCCUGGGAAAGAUCGAGCAAACUCAGGAAGCUUUGGCCAUGAUGGAGUACCUGCGUUUGAGAAGCUUCACUUCUGUUUUGACAUCGCAGGAUAUUCGCGAAGAUUUUCCCGACCUCCGUUACCCUCCCGGCUUUUCCGUUGUCGCUGGACUCCUGUAUGUUCCGCUAAGUGUGGGUGGUAACGAUUUCAUUGUCUUCUUCCGGAAGAGUCAAGUUAGAGAGGUAAGAUGGGCAGGUAACCCAUACGAGAAGGUUGUUACAGAAGGCACCUCGAGUUAUUUGGAACCGCGGUCGAGCUUCAAGGCAUGGCAUGAGAUUGUCAUUGGUAAAUGUAGGGAGUGGUCCGAGGAGCAAGUGGAGACUGCUGCAGUUCUGUGCCUAGUUUACGGCAAGUUCAUCGAAGUUUGGAGACAAAAGGAGGCGGCGUUGCAAAGCAGCCGACUAACCCGACUCUUGUUGGCGAAUUCGGCACAUGAGGUUCGCACGCCGUUAAACGCCAUCAUAAACUGUUUAGAGAUCGCCAUGGAAGGGCCACUCGAUCAUGAAACCCGCGAGAAUCUAGCGCGAUCUCAUUCGGCAUCCAAAUCGCUCAUAUAUGUAAUCAAUGACCUCCUUGACCUUACUAACACGGAAGAGGGUCAAAACUUGAUCAAGGACGAGGUCUUAGACUUACCGGGUUGUAUUCAUGAGGCCACAGAACCCUUCAAGGUAGACGCUAAACGGAAAUCCUUAUUGUACGAAGUCAUCGAGCAUCCAGGCCUUCCUCAGUUCGUGCAUGGCGACUUCCGUCGGGUACGGCAAGCAGUCGCGAAUAUAACGGCAAAUGCUAUAAAACACACAAAUGAGGGCUCGGUAACUAUUGAAGCGUACGUCGCCGAAAUCCUUGAGGCUCGCGUCAAGAUUGAAAUCGCCGUCGAAGAUACGGGCCGUGGUAUGAGUAACGAAAAAUUGGAUAAUCUGUUCCGAGACUUGGAACAAGUAAGCGCAGACGUGGAUGAUUCCAUGGCCGUCGAAGAUAUUGAGAAACCGGAAGAAAGUCGAACUUUGGGACUAGGCCUUGCAGUGGUCGCGAGGAUAGUGCGGAAUAUGAACGGUCAGCUUCGACUAAAAUCAGUGGAGGGAAAGGGAUCAAGAUUUGUAAUCCAACUUCCCUUCGACUUGCCGACUGGAGAAACACUUGACAAGCUCGGGGCUAAAGGUUCAUUUGCCAAUCCCAAGAUAAACGCGAGCAUUACGUCUGUCACUAAGGCUAUAGACAUGGACGAAGUCAUGCUUAUUGACAGAGGAAGCUCAAAUUCAGUCAAUGCUCAGAGGCGUGGAAGUACCGAAAGGAGGAGCUUUGACGAGACAAAAAGUAUCAGUAGCGCGAGGAGUGCUGGCAGCACCAGUGGCCAGAGCAACAAAAGCGAUGCCGAUCGCUUGAUCGAUGCUAUUCAAAUGCCCCUGACUAUUGGUGGGCUCGAUGAAAAGACGGGCAGUAUAAAGCAUAUGAGCUCUAAAGAACGACAAGACCCUCGUCAUGCUAGUGCCACUUCCUUACCAGGUCCGAGUACGAUCAAUAGAGACCUUAGUCUAGAGCGGCCGGCUACUUUGCAACGAUCAAAUUCGGCACAGUCGGAUAGAUCGUAUCCUGCUACAGAUAUUAGAACAGCCAUUAAACCUGUCAAAAUGCCAGACGAAUAUUUUGAUCGACCGCUAAAAUAUCCAGCUAGCCAAGCAUCCAGGGUGCUAUAUGAAAUUACCGGAGGUACUAAGCCUGACGGAGGGCAAGCUAACACACCUAUACUUGACCCGCCUACGCCACAUUUCGACAAACUGAAGGUGCUUGUAGCGGAGGACGAUCCGAUCAAUAUGAAGAUUCUUAAGAAGCGCCUAGAGAAGGCCGGUCACGAAGUCCACCAUGCUGUCAACGGCGAAGACUGUGCCGCCGUUUUUAAGGAAAGGCCGGGUGCUUUUGAUGUCAUUCUCAUGGAUAUGCAGAUGCCUAUUGUCGAUGGCCUCGGUAGCACUAAGAUGGUAAGGGAGUUCGAAAAGGCACAGCAGUGUCUGGAGCUUUCUGCUUUGGCUGCCGCGCAUAAGAGAAUCCCCAUAUUUGCUGUAUCGGCUUCUCUCUUGGAACGUGAGAGUCCAGCUUACAUCGCGGCCGGAUUUGAUGGUUGGAUCCUUAAACCGAUAGAUUUCAAGCGACUCAGCGUUUUACUCGACGGGAUUAGCAAAGACGACAUUCGGACAGCGUGCUUUUACGUCCCCGGUAGAUGGGAACUGGGUGGAUGGUUUGAAAGAAAACCCACGACGGAGGGAGAGCCGUCUUAAGAACACCACGACGUGAGCUAUAUACCACUAUGAAUUUAGUGUGGCUUUGGAGCCGCACUCUUCCCGCAAUACCCUGAAAGCGAGCUUUACCUUGAGCUAAUGUUAUAGUCACGUCCCCUUCCGGUCGAUCUCAAAAGAAGAGAUCAUGAUGGACAUAGAAGGCUCCCCAAAGGAAUGGGAUUCGGCGUCUUGCUUUCAUCAAGGUGGACACUAUG